AUGCUUACUAUGCCGUCGCUGCGUCUGAGCGCAAAGUCAAUACAGAUCACUGCUGCUAUUGCGUCGAUAUGGCUCUUCGUCGGCGUGCUUUAUCACUAUCGUGAUGUUUCUUUUUACACACCCAGUAAUAACUUUCAGAGCUCUACGAAAACGAAUUCGAACUUGCGCAAUGUUGAAGCAAUAAAACUUGGCGCACAAUAUUUUCUCGAUUAUCCUUUAAAAGAUGAACCGAAGGCGAUUUUUGGAGAACUUGGACAACGGACCGAAGUGUUGCGAUCUUGGAUCGAGGAAUUGGAAGGGCGAGGCGAUACUCACGAGACAGCGGAACUUGUUGGACAAGUUGUGGAAAAGCAGUUUCCAUGGCUCAGUUCGAAACAGGGUGUUUCGCCGCCUCUCGUCGACAUCUACAAUCGUCUUGGUCUUUCGUACCAUAGCAAAAGUGUCGAGGGCGAGAAAGCACCGGCUGGAAUCGUUAUCCCCACGGGCGAAAAAACACUCCGAUUCGCAUGUCAUCUCAUCGCAGCAUUGACGCGCGUCCACAAGACCACCCUCCCGAUUCAAGUUGUAUACGCAGGAGAUGAUGAUUUAUCUGCCGCUGGACGAAAAAAGAUACAGCAAGCUGCCGACGGAGUCAAGAUUGAAAUGCUCGAUGUUCUUACUGUUUUUGAUGACAGUACAUUGAAGCUUGCUGAUGGAGGUUGGGCGAUAAAACCGUUUGCUGCAUUGGCGAGCCGCUUUGAGAAGGUCAUUCUUCUUGAUGCAGAUGCAGUUUUCUUCCAGGAUCCCCGACAUCUUCUUCGUCAAGAUCGAUUUAAAGAGACGGGCGUACUGCUGUUUCAUGACCGAUUGCUGUGGAAGAAUGGGUUUGCGGAUCGUCAGGAUUGGUGGCAUGAUCAGAUCAAGCACCCCAGCGCAGAGACAGAAAAGUCGCUUGUCUGGACGGAACGAUACUCUGAGGAGGGUGAUUCCGGUAUCGUCGUCGUUGACAAGUCUAGACUCGAUGUUCUACUCGGUCUCCUCCAUAUUGGAUGGCAGAACUCUGAACGAGUACGAAACGAAGUUACCUACAAGAUCACAUACGGCGACAAAGAGAGCUGGUGGAUCGGUUUCGAAGCCACAGGAUCCAAAUACGCCUUCUCCACUCACUACGGCGGUAUCGUCGGCUGGCUAGGUCCCAAGAAAACCGAACCCGACGCAGAGAAGAAGAAAGACGAAGAAGUCCGCGUCUGCAGCUUCGUCAUCGCACACGUCGACCAAAACGAAAAACUCCUCUGGUACAACGGCGGUCUACUUAAGAACAAAGCCGUCAACCAAACAGAAUUCGAAGUCCCCACGCAUUGGAUGAUUGAUCAGACGUGGCAUAAAGGUGGAAGCAAGAAAGCAAUGAGUUGCAUGGUCGGCACGAAAGCGAGUGCUUUGACGGGAGGGGAGAAGGAUGUUUUAGGGAAGACGAUACAGGUAGCGAAGGACAUGGAUGAAAAGUUACGUCUGGUCUGA